CUCGUUGCUCAACGACCACCACCAGCGCGAUAAUGGCGUCCAAGAACCUCAGACAGCGCGUUCAAGACAUCUCACUGGGACCGGUCCUUGAGCAUUUCAAGACGGUCGUGUUCGUGUAUUUCGUCCUGGCACGCCUGAUCAAGGUGCAACGACACCUUCGCGCGCGAGGCCUCCGCACGACGCUGAUGGAGUACUGGACGUGGAUGAGCAAAAACUUUUUGCUGCUCGCUUUGAAAUGUCUGCCCGACCAGCGGAAAAAGGCAGAGGCCGAGAUCGCAAAUGCCAAGUUCAUUCUUGACAACAAGUUCAUUCCGAAAGGCGAAGCGGUCACACGCCACAUGUCUUUGCCUCCUAAGGGCCAGUCUUCGGAGUGGAUUGCGAGCGAGAUGGAGAAGAUGGACACAGAAAUCGGACACACGGAGUGGAAGAAUGGCAAGAUCUCCGGGGCUGUCUACCAUGGCGGCGACGACCUCACAAAAAUCCUCAUUGCGGCAUUUGACCGGUAUUGCGUGUCGAACCCUUUGCAUCCAGAUGUCUUUCCGGCCGUGCGCAAGAUGGAGGCUGAAAUUGUCGCCAUGUGUCUGCGUAUGUACAACAAUCCGAUGGGCGCAGGUGCAACGACGUCUGGAGGUACCGAGUCUAUCAUCAUGUCUGUUAAAACACACCGCGACUGGGCCAGGGCGACGAAGGGUAUUACGGAGCCGGAGAUUAUUGUCCCCGAUACUGCACAUGCUGCGUUUGACAAGGCGGCGGCAUAUCUCAAGAUCAAGGUCCAUACCAUGCCCAUUGUACGGGAAACUCGCCAGGUUGACCUGAAACGCGUCGCACGGGCCAUUAAUCCCAAUACAAUCAUGCUCGUAGGAUCCGCAGUCAACUUCCCGGACGGCUGCCAAGACAAUAUUGUCGCGCUAGCCAAGCUCGCCAGGGAGCACAACAUCGGCAUGCAUGUCGACUGCUGUCUUGGUAGCUUCAUUAUGCCCUUCCUUGAGCCCGCAGGCUUCCCGGUUGAGCCAUUUGACUUCCGAGUCGACGGCGUCACUGCCAUCAGCUGCGACACGCACAAGUACGGCUUCGCGCCGAAGGGCAGUUCAGUCAUCAUGUACCGUAAUGCCGAGCUGCGCAAGCACCAGUAUUACGUUCACCCGACAUGGACCGGUGGCUUGUAUGCCAGUCCUAGCAUUGCUGGCUCCCGUCCAGGGUCUCUGAUCGCCGGAACAUGGGCCGCUAUGCAGUACAUGGGCUACGAAGGCUAUCUGCAGUCCUGCCGCGAGAUCGUCGGCGGUGCUAAGACGAUUGCAGGCCGCAUCAAGGCUGAGUUUCAAGGCAAGCUCUACGUAUUGGGCAACCCACCUGCGUCGGUUGUGGCGUUCGGUUCGUCUGACCCGAAGUGCUCCAUCCACGAGGUCGGAGACAUCAUGAGCAAGAAGGGCUGGCACCUGAACGGUAUCGUCCGACCCGACGCGAUCCACAUUGCUUUGACACGCCUGACUGUUCCGAUGGUUGACACGUUCAUCGCGGAUUUGCACGACGCCGUGCACGAGGCGAGGGACACCCCGUCUGGGAAGGGCACGAUGGUGCAACUCUAUGGUCUAGGCAAAGUCGCUGGCGCGCUCGCGCCCAGCAUCUCCGGACAGAUUGCCACAGAGUUCUUGGACACGCUGUACAGGGCGUAGCGCGACGGAGGCGGCUGGCUGGUCACGCAGGCUCCCACGGUCGUGAUGGUGACAGCAGCUUCUCUCGGAGGGCGUCGUGAGUGCGACAUAAAGGGUCGUCUGACCUGUCAAGUGUGUGCAGGACCAGAGUACACUAUGCAAACGUAGAUUCCAGGGUUCGGUUCGUCCACAUAUUCUUCUUGCUAAUGCUGUAGCAGUAGUAUUGUAGUGUGGGGCUCCAUACAUGAUGUUUAAUAAUCUCCCACUGUAGACUCGCAUACCAAUGCUGAC